UCCGGGCCUAUGUACUUCAAACCGUCCUCACCUCACGCCCCGGGAACGGCGAACUUCCAGGUUCAGCCCAAUCAUAUGUGGGAGGACCCGAGCUCCCUGCACACUUUUCAUCAGAACUAUAUGACCACGCAUAUGAUAGAUCAGCGCAAGAACCCCGUGUCCAGGCUCUCCCUCUUCUCCUUCAAGCAGUCUCCACCCGGAACCCCUGUUUCCAGCUGUCAGAUGCGCUUUGACGGGCCUCUCCACGUGUCCAUGGGGCACGACAGUCCCGGAGCGCACCGAGCCCUGGACAGCCAGAGUUUCGCAGUGCCCAGUGCCAUUAGGAAACAGGCGGGAAUAGCCUUCACGCACUCCCUGCAUCUCAGUCACGGCCAUCAGCUGAUGGACAGUCAGAUGCCGUCACCCCCGUCUAGAGGAUCUCCGUCCAGCGAAGGUUUGUGCGCGGUGUGUGGAGACAACGCGGCUUGCCAGCACUAUGGAGUCCGAACGUGUGAAGGGUGCAAAGGUUUCUUCAAGCGUACAGUACAGAAGAACGCCAAAUAUGUCUGUUUAGCCAAUAAAAACUGUCCUGUGGAUAAACGCCGGAGAAACAGAUGUCA